CCCCACGGUGUCUUCUGGUAUAUAUAGCGAGACGAACCAUUCCUACAUCACAUCAACUUUUGUCUUUAUCCUAAGCUGACUAACUCCUCCUGUCAACAUGAAACUGUGGUUAGUGGCGGCGGCCCUGUGUGCCCUCCUAGUAUUGGCCAUCGCCUUCCCUGACCCCGCGGCUCUGCCUGACCCCCUGGCGGCCGCAGAUCGUGGGCGAGGGCGAGGACGAGGACGAGGACGAGGACGAGGACGUGGACGUGGAGGCGGUUUUGGUCAUGGAGGCGGUUUUGGUCAUGGAAGCGGUUUUGGUCAUGGAAGCGGUUUUGGUCAUGGAAGCGGUUUUGGUCAUGGAAGCGGUUUUGGUCAUGGAAGCGGUUUUGGUCAUGGAAGCGGUUUUGGCUUUGGCGGACAUGAUCAUCAUCAUCAACCACACGCUCACAUCACCCUUGGUUCCCAUGGCCUUAAUGUACAGGUACACGCCCACCAUUAACUCACGCCAAGACGACACCACACACAAGACUCCAGCUACGACUCUCCACACAGCUGAGGACAUCGGUGUAUUCACUUCCUGCUCUUGUCAACUAACUCAGCCUAGUGUACCACGGUGAUUUUGUACUCUUUGUAAUAAAAUUGAAAGAAAAACA